AUGUCCCCAACCAGCCUCUCCCAGCUCAAACGCAAGGACCUCUUCCAGCAAAAAGGGUUCAUCUCGGACGAAUGGGUCGAUUCCGCAGGCGGCCGCGUCUUCGAUGUCGUCAACCCUGCGACGCUCGCCACGAUCGCCACAGUGCCGGAGAUGAAUGCCGCCGAUACUGAGGCCGCAAUCCACGCCGCGCACGAAUCGUUCAAGACGUAUAAGAAAACGUCCGCCCGGCAGCGCGCGACUUGGCUUCGGCGCUGGCAUGCACUGUGUCUCGAGCAUGCCGAUGAUUUGGCUUUGAUUCUCACGCUUGAGAAUGGCAAGACACUGGCAGAGGCCAAAGGAGAGGUGCUGUACGGUGCUUCAUUCCUGGAUUGGUUCGCGGGCGAGGCGGAGAGGGUCCAUGGCGAGGUUGUGCCUGCUGCGAAUCUCGGACAGCGCAUCUUGACGAUCAAGCAGCCGCUCGGGGUAGCAGCGUGUCUUGCGCCGUGGAACUUCCCUAUCGCGAUGAUUACGCGCAAGGUCGGGGCUGCGUUGGCGGCGGGCUGUACCACUGUUUGGAAACCUGCUGGCGAGACGCCGCUGAGUGCCCUUGCCCAGGCUGUUCUUGCUGUCGAGGCCGGGUUUCCCAGGGGCAGUAUCAAUGUCAUUACUACACUGAACAAUGUGGCUGAGGUUGGAGAGGCGCUUUGCAAGUCUAAGCUUGUUCGUAAGCUCAGCUUUACCGGGUCGACUAGGGUUGGGAAACUGUUGGCUCAGCAGUGUAGCCAGAAUCUGACCAAGCUGUCUCUUGAACUGGGUGGGAAUAGUCCGUUUAUUGUCUUUGACGACGCGAAGCUCGAGACGGCUGUGGAGGCGUGUAUGCUUGCCAAAUUCCGCAACUCGGGGCAGACGUGCGUCACUGCGAACAGGGUCUUUGUCCAGGAAGGCAUCUACGAGCAAUUUGCAUCUGCUUUGGUCGAGAAGAUAAAGGCUCUCAAGGUCGGAAAUGGGGUUGAGACUGGCGUCACGGUUGGUCCUCUUACUCAUGAUCGUGCGGUUGAGAAGGCGCUUGGUCAUAUUAAUGACGCCAAAGCAAACGGUGCAUCCAUCUUACUAGGCGGACAGUCAGUCCAGCCCGAUAACCUGCAAGGCUACUUCAUCCAGCCUACGGUCCUGAGUGGCAUGUCAACCGAUUCCCUAACGACACGCGAAGAAGUGUUUGCCCCGGUUCUUGCUCUGUAUCCCUUCAAGACCGAGGAAGAGGUGGUCGAAAAAGCCAACAACUGCGACGUAGGUCUCGGCAGUUUUCUCAUCACUGAGUCGAUGGCUCGUAUCUGGAGGGUUGCAGAAAGCCUUGAGGUUGGUAUGGUUGGCGUCAACUUGGGCAUUCUGAGUGCGUCCGAGAGUCCGUUUGGAGGUAUUAAAGAAUCAGGCUAUGGACGCGAGGGGGGACGCCAGGGGAUUGAGGAGUAUCUAGCUGUCAAGAGCAUUCUGAUCAAUGUUGCGGCUUAA